AUGAGUGAUGAGGAACUGGUCGACGAGUACCAUGGGGAGGAUGACGACGAGUUGCUUGCCGAUGCCGAGACGGGAGACUUGGUCGAGGAGAUAGACGAAGAUGACGAGGAUUCAGAGUCCGACGACGACUCUUCUGUAUUCGAUCCGGCCGCUUUGGGCUUGAAGGAGAUCAACAACCUGGCCCAUUUCGGCGUCAGCAGCCACAGACCCGGAAACGGCGUUGCCGAGUUGCUCAGCGACGAUCUCGAUAAGUACUGGCAGUCCGAUGGACAGCAACCGCAUCUGCUUACCAUUCACUUUCUGCGCCGCGUGGAGAUCCGAGCCAUCCGGUUCUACGUCGACUACAACCAAGACGAGUCGUACACGCCCACCCAUAUCGUCUUCUCUGCUGGUACCGGCCACCAUGACCUGAUCCAGUUCGCAGAGGUCCCGCUCAACAACCCCGUCGGAUGGCAGGACGUGCCCGUCGCGGACUGCGGCGGAGGCGCAGACGGCCAAUCUCUGUGCUGCUGGAUGGUGCAGAUGCAGAUCAAGGAAAACCACCAGAACGGCAAGGACACCCACAUCCGCGGCAUCAAGAUUUACGCCCUCGACGACCACCAGUCGCUCGGUGGGCCUGCGCGCGAGCCAACCCGCGGCUCCGGGAACGAUUCGGACGACGACCAUGCCCGCGUGCUGAGCCUUGGAGAGGGUGAUCCGAGGCUGCAAGAGCUACAGGAUGCGUUUGACCGGUACCCCUUGUCUCAGUCCUUCUCCGAUGUCCCCGAUAUGAUGCGCGAUCCCGUGAUCCGUUGA